CAUUAAUCUAUCGAUCAAGAGUCUUAAUAAAUAAAGCGCAUGCGCGUUGUGUAUGUAGUAUACUAGAGUGUUUAUUCCGGCUGUGCCCUAGGAAUUAUGUUUAUAAACAAUCCAAGUUCUUAGUUCUGUCCAGUGAUACUGUUUUAAAACUUUGUUUUCGUAAUGAUUUCAUUACAAGUGCACCUACUUCACACUAGUAUAACGACUCAUCAUGUGUUCAAAUCGGAAAUUUUACUUGUCAAUGUCAUAUUUGCCGUCAUCAAACAUGGCUGCUAAAUGGAUCUGUUAUUGGUUAUAAACAAGUUUUUAAUCAUUUUAAUAAAUGAGAGAUAUGUUUUCUAUGUCUCUCACCUCUGAUUCAAGUAAUUAUGACUUCGAAAAAGAGGAAAAUGCUUCUAAAUGGAAGGGAGUCUUUGUUAACUCCUUGCGCAAGGUGUUGGAACAGGUCCACCCAUCCCUUCAGGCGAAAGAUGACGCCCUAGAAUAUGUUGAAAGUCUCAUCCUUCGCCUGUUGGCAAUGCUGUGCUCUCAUCCAACUCCUCACAGCUAUACUGAUGUUGAAGAACGAGUUAGAAAAACAUUCCCAAGUCCUAUAGAUCGGUGGGCUUUAAGUGAUGCAUUGGAAGCUAAAGAGGCCCUGGAAAAAGGAAAGAAGAAAAAUCAUACUCUCGUUUUGCCUGUAGAUAAACUUCAUCAUCUUCUUCAAAAGGAAGUACUGCAAUACAAGGUGGACACAAAUGUUACUGUUUAUAUUGUUGCUGUUUUAGAAUAUAUUUCUGCAGAUAUAUUGAAGUUGGCUGGUAAUUAUGUUAAAAAUAUACAUCAUGUUGAAAUCACCUGCCAAGACAUCAGGGUUGCUAUGUGCGCUGACAAGGUUCUUAUGGAUAUGUUUUCCCAGGAAGAUGGUCUUUUAGAUAUUGAAUCGAAUGAAGUUGAAGUCGGAAGUGUGCUCUCUACCAGAUCAUCCAGACAUUCUUUGACUUAUGAAGAAGUUGUCAAAGAUUUAAUCCAAGCGGAAAAACAGCACCUCCGUAAUUUGCAUAUGAUAAUUAAGGUUUUCAGAGAAGAGAUAUGUAGGCUUAUACCACCUGGCCAUAAUAAGGAACUCGACUCCAUGUUUAACAAUAUAUUGGAUAUUUAUGACCUCACUGUAACUUUGCUCGGAUCCCUUGAAGAUAUGUUGGAAAUUAGUGCAGAGAAGCAAGUUCCUGCUUUGGGCACAUGUUUUGAAGAACUCGCUGAAGCUGAUGAAUUUGACGUUUAUGGUCGUUAUGCAAAAGAAAUAACUACCUCAGGCUGGUUAGAGGCGUUAGACAGGCUAGUCAGUCAGCCCGAAGUAAGCAAUGCCCUUCAGUCUGCUGGUCAAGGCUUCAGGGAAGCUGUUAAGUAUUACUUACCCAAGCUGGUCAUCGCUCCCAUUUCUCAUUGCUUUUUAUACUUCGAAUACCUUAAGAUAUUACAUCGGCUGACACCAUCGGAUGAAGAUAGAGAAAGUCUGAAACAGGUUGAAGGAGUACUGAGGCCCUUACAAGUCGAAAUAAACAGUCCUGAAGUCAACAAUCUUAUUAAAAGAGAAAAUAUCGUAAGGACAAAUGGAAGGAUGAGGCGACAGUUGGCUAUCGAAAAAACAAAUGAGCUACAAAAGACAAUAGAUGGGUGGGAUCUCAAAGAUUUAGGACAAUAUUGUAAUGAAUUAAUAAGAGAGGAUGUACUUGUAAAAUGGUCUGUUAAGACCAGGAGAUUAACAGAACGAAGAGUAUUUUUGUUCGACGGAGUGCUUGUGUUAUGUAAGCCUAUUACGAAAAGAGCAGCGGUCUCCGUACCGCCACAGCUGGGCGGAUCGCAGGCAGAUUACAGAUUGAAAGAGAGAUUCUUCAUCAGGAAAGUUGAAAUCACCGACAAGGAUGACACUGACGACUUGAAAAAUGCCUUUGUGAUUUCUCCUCGUGUCCCUCCUGCUGUUAUCCUCGUCGCCAAAUCGCCAGAAGAAAAAAACAAUUGGAUGGCUGAUCUUAUUAUGCUUAAUACUAAAAGCAUGUUGGAACGGAUUCUAGAUAGUAUAUUAUUGAAUGAGGAAAAGAAUCACCCGCUGAAGUUGCCAUCUCCUAGUGUUUAUCGAUUUGCAGAAGCUGAUUCGCCAUCUAAUAUUGUUCUUGAAGAACGGCAUAAUUCAGGAGUGCCAUUAAUAAAGGGUGCUACACUUUGUAAACUUGUGGAAAGGUUAACGUACCAUAUAUAUUCUGACCCAAUGUUUGUUCGAACAUUCCUCACCACCUAUCGAAGUUUUUGCUCACCUCAGGAACUUUUGUCAUUGUUAAUAGAAAGGUUUAACAUACCUGAUCCUUCAGUAGUUUAUGGUGAAGAAGAUAAUAGCUUAAAUAAGCCAACUUAUAGAGAUGAUUGGAAACGAUACCGUGAAAAAUAUUGUCAGCCAGUGCAAUUCAGGGUUUUAAAUGUUCUUCGCCAUUGGGUUGACCAUCAUUUUUAUGACUUUGAACGUGAUCGUUCAUUAUUAGAAAGGCUAAGGUAUUUUUUAGAUUCUGUUAAUGUGAAAUCAAUGAGGAAAUGGGUUGAUUCUGUUUUGAAGAUCCUUCAGAGAAAGUGUGAAACUACCGAACAGCUGAGAGAAAGAACAUUUGCGUUCGGUCAUUCUCCUCCACCUAUCGAAUGGCACAUAGUUUGUCCAGAAGAAGAAUGGAAUAUUUUAACUCUCCAUCCUGUGGAAAUCGCUCGACAGUUAACAUUACUCGAAUUUGAUCUUUACCGUGUUGUAAAACCGUCAGAACUUGUUGGUAGUGUUUGGACGAAGAGAGAUAAAGAGCUCACUUCGCCUAAUCUGUUGCGUAUGAUAAAGCAUACAACAAACUUCACAAGGUGGAUAGAAAAAAAUAUUGUUGAGGCUGAAAACAUCGAAGAAAGAGUCGCUAUAGUUUCAAGAGUCAUCGAAGUGAUGAUAGUGCUCCAGGAACUGAAUAAUUUUAAUGGAGUUCUUGCCAUAGUAUCUGCGAUGGGUUCUGCUUCAGUUUACAGGCUCAAAUUUACAUUUUCGCAAAUAUCAGGUCGUCUUGACAAAGCUCUAGAAGAAGCAAGAGACUUGAGCAACGACCACUUCAGAAAGUAUCAGGAGAAAUUACGCUCCAUCAAUCCCCCUUGUGUUCCUUUUUUUGGUAUGUAUUUGACCAACAUUUUACAUAUCGAAGAAGGCAAUCCUGAUACCUUACCUUCUCAGCCCCAGCUAAUCAAUUUCAACAAACGAAGAAAGGUUGCAGAAAUAACUGGCGAAAUACAGCAAUAUCAAAAUCAGCCCUAUUGCCUAAGUGUUGAGCAGAGAAUCCGGCGGUUUAUUGAGAAUCUUUCUCCAUUUGAAGGAAUGGAAGAUGCUGAAAUCAGUAACUACCUUUAUAAUAAGUCCCUUACUAUUGAACCUAGGAAUUGCAGGCAGCCACAUAGAUUUCCUAGAAAAUGGUCUGAAUUAAAUUUAAAGUCACCUGGGAUCAAAGCAAGGACACUUUCGAGAUCACAUGGCCCACCGCAACCACUAGUUAUGGUUCCACAUGGUCAUGAAAAUACAGAAGAGUCACCUAGGACGCCUGCUGCGACACCACCGCAUCAUCAUGGCUCAUCUUCAGAUUUUUCUGUAUUCGCUGAAAUUCAGAUACGUGUGAGAGGCCUCUGGUUUGGGUCUCAACACCCACAAUUGGGAACAAUUCCAAAAAGAACAAGGAGCUUCCUCGAGGAACUAGGUGUCGACAUUAAGGACAUACCGAGGUUGGCUGAAAAUAUAGUCCUCAACUCCCUGCAAAUCAUUCACCACUACAGUCCCGGUAGCGUAUCCAAUAGUGGAUUGUCUGUCGUGGGGCACGCUCCACCACUUCCUCCUCGUGCCAGGAAAAGGCAAGAUUCAACCCCACCUAGUCUACCUCCUCGGGAGUUGUCUCCUCCGCCUUUACCACCGAGAGCCAGGCGGCAUCUUUCUGAAACAUCACUUCACGGUGUUUCAAGGACUAGUUCUGUCUCUAGUUCACACUCGCACUCUCACUCCCUAGGGGGCACCCUACCACGCCACGGCAGCGUAAUGAGAUCUCAAGACUUCCAGCACCACAAACCUCAUGAGGCCACCACUCCCAGGCUCCCACCGAAACCUCUAUUCACUUUCCACAGGGAGUCACAGCUUCAGUUCAAUCACAAUGCAACUUAACGAGAGCGUUUAUUUUUAUUGACACGAAACAUUUUUUUUUAUUUCUUUCCAUUUCUUGCUAUGCCUCUGCAGUUAUGCUUAGUGCUAGAUGCAGAUUUCAUGAAACUGAAGAUCCCCACCUCUAUAUAACCUAUGCAUAAUAGAAUUAGAUUCAAUAUGUGGGUUAAUAGUUAGUUAAUGAUUUUGUUUCUAGCUUAUCACAUUGAGCUAAGAAUGCCCUUCUGUUUUUGUUUCUGAAGUCAUGGAAUGUGUAAUAAGUAACAUUGAAUUAUUUUCUAGUAAAGAAUGAUUCUUAUGAUUUUAAUAAACAUUAGAUGAUUUAUUUUCAAAAGUCAAUCAUCUAGUAACAAAGAAGAACAUAAUAUUUUCAGUUAAAGUUAUUUUGGGACUUUCAGGCCAUUUAAAACCAAAUUGAGGUUUUUAUAAGUUGGUUUAAGCCUGAAUGUAUUAAUUAUACUCCAAUUGGCCAAAUUUUCAUUUAUCUAUUGCAGAAACUAGAGAUGGUAUAAUAUAUUAAGACGAUUUAUUAUAUCUAUGAUAUAUAAUUUAGGUACUUUAAAUUUUAAAUUGAUUAUAGGCAUAUUAUUUUUGUGAAACUUCAUUUCCACUUUUAGCUUAAUAUAUUUAUAAUACUCAUGUUUUGGUAUAAUUUUAUGUCAAUACAAAAGAUAUGUAUGAUUUUAAAGUAUUAGUUUAAUUGAUUAGUUUUCAAAUAAUAUCUUUUAUAGUUCCUCUGUUUUAUUUUAAACAGUUGGAACUGUUUUUUGUUGUUUUUGUUUUAUUUAUAUAUAUGACAAAACAGCCUGAUAAUUUUCUUAUAGCAAUUUUGAUUUUAUUAUUAAAGUGUCAUGGAAUGAAUGUUGUUUACAAAUUUUAAAAAAAGAAAAAAAAGCUUGAAAGUUAAUCAUUACUAUAUAACAAUUUUUAUCUUAAGAUGUGAUAUAUUAGUAGUAUUGUAAAUUCAAAUAAUGUGCAUUUGUUAGAGCAUUCUAUCUUUAAUUUCAUUUUUAAUUCAUCUUUAAUUUGGGGAAUCAUUUAUUAUAUAUAUAUUAUUUCAGGUUCUGAUCUCCUUUAUUUUUUGCCUGUUUUUUUUUUAAGCUAUGAUUUUAAAAUAUAACUUGUUGAAGGAAGCAAUUAGUUCUCUUGUCAAAUUUUAGUUGGCUUAGCAUUAAUUUUUCAUCAGAAAAAAAAUAGAGCAUUAUUUUCUUUUUUUUUUUUCUGAUCUUUCAAUUUUGAAAAUUAUUACCAUAUUACAUUAUCGAAUAUGAGACCUACCUUAUCUAGUUGAUAAAUAUUUUAAGACUAAAUGUCAUUUAUUCAAUUUUCGACAUAUUUUCUAAUAAAAUAAAAUUAAUUAAAAAACAAUCUAAAUUCCAUUAGUUGGACUCAGGAGACCUUUGAAUAUCAAGUGGUUAUUAUUUAUAAUAGCUAGACUUUUUCAGUCUGUAUUAUACUUUUUAUAUAACGUUUUUAUUGUUCUUCUCAAAAAAUUAAUUGUAUUUAUAAGUUGAGGGAUUGUUAUUCUAGGUGCCACGUCCUUAUCAUUUAGUUUUGUUAAUUAUUUCUUCAGCCAGUUUUUAAAAAUGGACAAAAAAGUUUAGUUUUACUUUAAUGAAACUUGCAAUUCUGCAAAUGAAGUCUUUAUAAAUUAUGGGGAAAAAAAGGGAUGAGAACUUGAUUAUAGGUGAUUUAAAACAUUUUGUCUUAUAUUCGAUACUAUUAUUAUUUAAAACAAAAUAUAAUUGAAAUCUAGAAAUUGAACAUUUUUUUUCAAGUGUAAUGUUUAAUUAUUUUAUUUAAUGCAUCACGACAAAUUAAGUAUUUUAAGAAUUCAAAUUGGAUUAAUUAAUUUAUUUGAUUAUUUCUUGAAUUUAUAAAUUAACUCAUAGUAAAUUCUUCAACGAUUGUGUUAAUCAAUGAUAAUCAUUACCUUAUUGAUGAUGAUUUAUAGUAUUUGUUGAAUAUAUCUAUAUAUAUAUAUAUUUGUUGUAAUAGACGAUGAAAAUAAUGUAAACAAUAUUAUCUGUCAAAUUUGUGAUAUAGGUGCCAAGAAGAACUUCAAGUUUUUUACACUUUUUAUAAUUUGUUAUUGUAGCAGGGCAUGAAUCAGCGAAAUCACUUAGCUUGUUAGGGACCAUCAUAAUAAGGUUUAAUAGUUGUUUAUUCAGGGAUCUAAUAGUUUGCUUAAUAGAAAAAAAAAGUUGAAAAAUAACCACUAAUGCAAAUUAUUAUUAAGAUUAAGCAUUAAAACAAGCACUGAGUAGCAUAACACUAGUUCUGUAUGAAAUCCUACCUCAAUAAGGCUCUGGAAAGGGUUCUGAAUUCGUUUAACACCAGCUUGUUAUUCCAGUGAAUUUUUUAGUUAAUUUAUGUAUUAAAAAAAAUAGAAAAGAGCAUUUAAUCAUAUAUUUCCACUUUAAUUAUCUAUUUGUUACUUUAUAUUAAUUUUCAUGCAGUAUUUUAAUUGUGAAUUUUAUGGAAAAACGAGAAAGCAGAAUCAAAAGAAGGAUUUUUUAUUUUGUAAUAAGUUUCAGAUAAAAAGGUCAGUACUGAAUGUCUUUUGUUUACUAUAUUCGAACAAAAUUUUUUAACUGCUUUCAAGCAGUGCAAAGAAAAUCAAAAUCAUUUAUUAAUUUAUUUAUUUACAACUUUUGUUUCUUGUUUGUGUUCCUUUUUUGCGCUUUCUGUAAAUGAGAUGACCAUCAAUAGAAUUCUUCUAUAAAUAUAAAAUAAAAAAAUUGUUAUCAAGCAUGAAGAGUUGAUUAGCCUAUCUCAGCUGAUUAUCAGAUCUUUUACUUCUAAUAAUCCACUAUUAUUCAGUAAGAUAAAGAUUUGUUUACUAGAAGUGCAGUGAAACCUUUCCCAAUGUAGAUAAUGUUAAUAUGUAAAUCAGUAUCACCAUCGAUGGCACUACAACUCUUGGACAGACGAUCUCCUGCAGUUUGAUCCACCAGUCCUCGUUCCUACUAGUUGUUACUAUUCCAUUGAUCCAUCGGAGCAAAGAUCUUUCUUCUCUCCUCAUACCCUAAACCAUUUCAUCAAUGAUUCUUGUAUGGAUCAAUCAUUUAACAACAUACUCCAUCCAUUUAAGACGCCCCACUUCUAUGAAUUUGACAAUAUCUGGAUGCAUUUAGAUUCAUGUUAUUUUAGCAUUUAUGUGUAUCCACGUUCUAUUGCUGAUAGCUAUUUUCUUUAGUAUUCACCUUUCUAACAAUUUUUAUUUAUUGUUGAUAAUUAGUCGGGAGUUGUCAGACUGAAUUGUAGAACAACAAAUUUUAUCUUUCACAAUUAAGCGCUUAAAUUUAAGUGAGUGUCUAUGCUCAAAGCUUGAUGGUUUCACUGUACUUGGUGUUUGUGUUAAACUUCAGUUAUUUUGUCCCCGUAUUCCUUCUCUAGCUAAAAAAUUACCCACAAUUACAAAUGGAGCUCAAAACCAUUUUUUAGAAUUAUUUAUUCCUGCCAAGAAAGCUUUGUUGACUCUUCACAAAGCCGACUGUUUUCAAAUGUUCUGAACUUAUUAUUGGCAGAGAGUUUUUUUUUACACUCGCUCAUUUUAUUGUGCUUUAUUGCUGUAUAUAAACUUUUUCAAAUCUUGCGAGAUAUUACAAGAAAAAUUAAGUAUAUAAUAUUUUACGGAUGUCAAGUUAUUUAGUUUUAUUGUUAUUUUUUUUCACUCAUCUGUAGCCAUGUUUUGACCUCUGAAAUAGGCUGUGCUUUCUAAAUUCGUCCUAAAUAGUUAUAGAUUGCUCUUUGAUGAUCAAACUGUUAUUGUAGGAUAGUAUAUUGAGAUUAAAAAAUAUCGCGUUACAUGUCGUAAAUGCUUUUAUUGAUCCAGUUAUGAAAUUCAAAUGAUAGUUGUAAAUAUUUCAAUUAUAUUAUUUUGUAUGGUAAACACAUGUACAUUAAGUUUAAAUUAAUGUAAGUUUACUUAAAUGUAAUAACAAUUGUAACAUUGGAAAAUCUACUCUAGGUUCAUGCCCUAAUAAAAUAUUCCUAAAAAAAAAAAUAAGUAAUGUAAGUGCUGUAACUGCUAUAGUAACUUGUCAGUAUAUCGCUUAUUUUAUGCUUUAAUUAAUAAAGAAAUAUUUUACUCUGUGCAGGACACAUGAGCGCUUGGUUUCGGUCCUAUUUUGUUUGCUAGUGACCGUUUACCAUUCAUAGUUUUGCCAUAUAUCUUUUAUGUAUACAUAUAUAGUGGACUAUUAUAUAUAUAUUUUUUAUUUUGAUUAUAUGAUAAGAAUAUGUUAUUAUUAUUGAAUGUUGUAUGUAUAAAUAUAUAUGUAUAUGAUCGAUAUCUUUUAUGUAUAGGUGAUAAAAUACUAAAUAUUUUUUGUUUUUGUCAAGAGGCGUACAGAUUUUAUAAUCUGUUACUAGCACGUCUUAUCGUGGAAAGAAAGAAUUUGAUAACUCUUAAAAAUUAAUAAUUUCUUUCUUUCUGCUGUAAUUUCUUAUAUGGGUACGUACCUGGUUAUAUGUUGCCGGGAGUUUACUGUUAUUUAUAUUUGGGGCAACUAUUAUAGAAUUAAGUUGUAUUGAAUGUUUCCAUUAUACUUUUAUUUUUAUUUAUGAUAUAAUUUGAUUUUAAUAUGAAAUCCAUUUUGAAGGUCAUUUAGACUAAUUGACCAUUUCUAUGUAAACAAUCCACCUGACUACAAUAUUUAAUCCUGACCGAGUUUUAAAAUUUUAUCAUGACUUUUGAAGUGAUAUCAAAAGUUUUAUUUUAUUAUUAGUUUCAUUAUUUUUUUAUGUUAUUAUACCUCUAAGGCAAGUGAGCUAAUGCCAAAUGUUACCCCUUACAACACUCAAAUCGAUAGGUGUUGUGUUUUAUGUCUGUGAUAGGUAGGAAGAGUAAUAUAAAAUGUUUUAUUGUAUUUAGAAUUAAUAUUUAGAAGACAUAAGUUAGGUUCGGACAAGAAAAAGGAUUUUUAUGUCAUACGCAUAAAUUAUAUAUAUACUGAUAUACACUCAUGUAAUUAAAUUGGUAUAUUUUUAUAUAUAUACUUUAUUUAGAGAUAAAGGCCAUUGUUGGUCUAUUUGUGCUUUUGUCCGAUUUGGUUAAUUCCAGUUAUGUUAAAGACUAUACAAAUAAAUAUAUUAAUGUGUAAAUUUUUUUCUAA